AUGUUGAGCAACGUUUUGCUGUGGUCUCUUCAGAUAAGUCUCCUAGGGAUCAGUUUUGGCGGGAACGUUCUCAUCUGGCCAAUGGAAGGCAGUCACUGGCUAAAUAUUAAGAUAAUAAUAGACGAACUCAUAAGAAAAGAGCACAAUGUUACUGUCCUCGUGGCUUCCGGUGCACUUUUCAUCACACCGUCGACGAGCCCAUCUCUAUCAUUCGAAAUAUAUCCAGUGCCCUUUGGCAAGGAAAGAGUAGAAAAUCUGAUCAAGAGUUUUGUUUUGACAUGGCUGGAAAACAGGCCAUCUCCUUCAACUAUCUGGAAGUUCUACAACGAGAUGGCCAAAGUCAUUCAGGAGUUCCACACUGUGUCCAGAGGGCUCUGUGAUGGUGUUCUUAAAAAUGAAAAGCUGAUGACGAAGCUGGAAAAAGCAAAGUUUGAAGUUCUGUUAUCAGACCCAGUAUUUCCUUGUGGUGAUAUUGUAGCUUUAAAACUGGGAAUUCCAUUUAUCUAUUCCUUGCGCUUCUCUCCCGCUUCCACAGUAGAAAAGCACUGUGGAAAGGUCCCAUUCCCUCCUUCCUAUGUUCCUGCAAUUCUGUCAGAGCUCACAGACCAGAUGUCUUUCACUGACCGAGUAAGAAACUUCAUCUCCUACCGAAUGCAGGACUACAUGUUUGAAACUCUGUGGAAGCAAUGGGAUUCCUAUUACAGCAAAGCUUUAGAUGGCAGCCAUUGGUUAAAUAUUAAAAUCCUUCUUGAAGAGUUGAUUCAAAGAAAUCACAGUGUGACUGUCCUGGCUUCAUCAGAAACUCUAUUUAUCAACUCUAGUCCUGAUGCCUUUGUGCAUUUUGAAGAGAUUCCGGUUUCCUACACGAAAAACAACAUAGAUGAAAUAAUUGAACAUAUGAUAGCCCUGUGGCUAGAGCACAGGCCGACACCUCUCACCAUGUGGACUUUCUACAAAGAGCUAGGAAAGCUCCUUGAGACUUUCUAUCGAAUUAAUAUUGAUAUCUGUGAUGGUGUAUUAAACAACCCCACACUGAUGGCAAAACUUCAGGACCACGACUUCAAUGUGUUAAUAGCCGACCCAGUAACAAUCUGUGGUGACCUGGUGGCUCUGAAACUGGGAAUUCCGUUUGUGUAUACAUUGCGCUUCUCUCCAGCCUUUACAGUGGAGAGGCACUGUGGGAAAAUCCCCGCACCGAUCUCUUACGUACCUGCAGCCUUGUCAGAGCUCACUGACCAUAUGUCCUUUGGUGAAAGGAUUAAGAACACCAUAUCUUAUUCUCUGCAAGACUAUAUAUUUCAGUCCUACUGGGGAAGAUGGAAUUCAUACUAUAGCAGAAUUCUAGGAAUACCCACCACAUUAUGUGAGACUAUGGGGAAAGCUGAGAUUUGGCUGAUGCGAACAUAUUGGGAUUUUGAAUUUCCUCGUCCAUAUUUACCAAAUUUUGAGUUUGUGGGAGGACUGCACUGCAAGCCUGCCAAGCCUUUACCUAAGGUUUUGUGGAGAUACAAAGGAAAGGUACCAACCACAUUAGGAUCCAAUACUCGACUGUUUGAUUGGAUUCCCCAGAAUGAUCUUCUUGGACAUCCCAAAACCAGAGCUUUCAUCACGCAUGGCGGAACAAAUGGGAUCUAUGAGGCCAUUUACCACGGGAUCCCUAUGGUGGGAGUCCCCAUGUUCGCUGAUCAGCCUGACAACAUCGCUCACAUGAAAGCGAAGGGAGCAGCUGUGGAGGUGAACAUGAACACAAUGACAAGUGAAGAUUUGCUCAGUGCUGUGAGAACAGUCAUCAAUGACCCAUCUUAUAAAGAGAAUGCCAUGAGACUAUCAAGAAUCCACCACGAUCAGCCAGUGAAGCCCCUGGACAGAGCUGUCUUCUGGAUUGAGUUUGUCAUGCGCCACAAAGGAGCCAAGCACCUUCGUGUGGCAGCGCAUGACCUCAGUUGGUUUCAAUACCACUCGCUGGAUGUGAUUGGGUUCCUGCUGGCUUGUGUGGCAUCUGCUAUAUUCUUGCUUACAAAAUCUUGUUUCUUUGUAUUUCAAAAGUUUGCUAAGACAGGAAAGAAGAAAAAAAGAGACUAG